UAAAAAAGGAAAGAGAAACUUACGGCAAGGGUACAUCAAUCCGUCUUCAUCCGACUGGAGCCAAUUCGACGGCGGUCGCCCUAUCUUAAAGAAAACAGAUCGCCAGAGUCCCAUUUUCAUGGAUGAAACUCAAAUGGGUAUUUCAAAGACUGAGCUCCAAGCUUCCCUCUUGGGCCUCUUCUCGAAUCUCCCCAUUCAGAAACCAAUUCCAUCAAAACCCAUUUGCAGAAACCUCCUCAACAUUCGUCCUCAACCAUGUAGACCCAAGCUUCCUUCUGUCCGUUUGUGGAAGAGACGGCCACCUCUAUUUGGGCUCUUCCCUCCAUGCCUCCAUCAUCAAGAGCUUCGAGCUCUCCAACCAUGAAAAUGGGGUCGUCAUAAUGAACUCUCUCAUCUCCAUGUACGAGAGGUGUGGUAAAUUGCCGGAUGCUGUCAAGGUGUUUGAUGAAAUGCCCACAAGAGAUACUGUUUCGUGGAACGCAUUGAUCGGUGGGUUUAUGAGAAAUGGGGAGUUCUAUGCUGGUUUUAGCUAUUUUAAGGCUAUGUGUUUAGUUGGUGAUUGUAAAUUUGAUAAAGCUACUUUGACGACGAUUUUAUCUGCUUGUGAUGGCUCGGAGAUGUGUUGCAUCAUUGAAAUGAUGCAUGGUUUGACGUUUUUGAGUGGAUAUGAACAAGAAAUUACUGUGGGAAAUGCUCUGAUUAGUUCGUAUUUUAAAUGUGGAUGUGUUGGUUUUGGGAGGCAACUUUUUUAUGAGAUGGAGGAGAGAAAUGUGAUUACUUGGACGGCUGUGAUCUCUGGUUUGGCUCAAAAUGGGCAUCAUGAGCACAGCCUGGAGCUGUUUAGGGAGAUGAUGAGUUGUGGCUCUGUGGAGCCAAAUUCUUUAACUUAUUUGAGCUUACUCACUGCUUGUUCUGGUUUGGAGGCAUUAGAGGAAGGAUGCCAAAUUCAUGGUCUUAUUUUGAAAUUGGGAAUUCAGUCAGAUUUGUGCAUUGGGAGUGCUCUGAUGGAUAUGUACUCAAAAUGUGGAAGCAUUGGAGAUGCUUGGAAGAUUUUUGAGUCGGCUGAGGAACUCGAUAUGGUUUCGUUGACUGUUAUCCUUGCAGGGUUCACACAGAAUGGAUGUGAGGAAGAAGCCAUCCAAAUCUUUCUGAAAAUGUUGAAAAUGGGGAUUGAGAUUGACGCAAAUGUUGUUUCAGCUGUUCUUGGAGUGUUUGGUGCUGAUACAUCUUUGAGGCUGGGUCAACAAGUUCAUUCGUUUAUUGUCAAAAAGAACUUUAGUUGCAAUCCUUUCGUGAGCAAUGGACUUAUAAACAUGUACUCCAAGUGUGGAGCACUGGAUGAAUCAGUGAAGGUCUUUGAUAGGAUGCAAAAUAGGAACUCUGUCACAUGGAACUCCAUGAUUGCAGCAUUUGCUCGACACGGAGAUGGCUCGAAAGCUCUACAUCUUUACGAGAAUAUGAAACUGGAAGGUGCAAAGCCAACAGACAUCACGUUUCUAUCAUUACUCCAUGCUUGUAGUCAUGUUGGGUUAGUAAAUAAAGGUAUGGAGUUCCUUGAAUCAAUGACAAAAGAUCACAGGAUGAAUCCUAGGAGCGAACACUACGCUUGUGUUGUCGACAUGUUGGGUAGAGCAGGGCUGCUGUCUGAAGCUAGAACCUUCAUUGAGAAACUGCCUGAACAGCCAGGUUUACUCGUCUGGCAGGCAUUGCUCGGCGCCUGCAGCCUCUACGGUGAUUCUGAAAUGGGGAAAUAUGCAGCCGAACAUCUGUUUUCGGAAACGCCGUAUAGCUCAGUCCCUUAUGUUUUGUUAGCCAACAUAUAUUCUUCUGAAGGGAAUUGGAAGGAAAGAGCAAGGACAAUUAGGAAGAUGAAGGAGACGGGAAUGGCCAAAGAAACUGGUAUCAGUUGGAUUGAGAUUGACAAGAAAGUCCAUAGUUUUACUGUUGGAGACAAAAGGCAUCCACAAGCUGAUAUCAUUUAUGGAGUUUUGAUGGAUCUGUUUGUACUCAUGGUAGAUGAAGGAUAUGUACCAGAUAAGAAUUUCAUCCUCUUCUACUUGGAUCCUGAUGACAAGAAGGAACCGAUCGAUAACGAUAACGGUCCUAUUAACGAUCCAAACUUAUUCCUCUCUCUGGUAUGCUUCCCAUGUUCACUUUUGCUUCUUCCACCAGGGCAGCCAGGGCACUUACCCAAGAAUAGAAUGCAUUAGGAGUUCAUAACUUACAAGGACCCAUGAGUUGUAAUAAUAUCAAGGAAACUUGCUUCGCUUAUCUUGAAAUU